GUGGUAAAAUAGCAAAAAAAAAACUGGGCUUUUACAGAAAAAUCUGUGAAUAUGGUAACUCUGCUGCUGACACCUCUUAAUUCGGUAAACAGCUGUGUGGAAGAAGAAGAUAAACAGUAAAUAACCGAAACAACCUAAAAACGCACGAUUUUGAUAGCUACAACUACGUCAACUACAUUACCAGAAGAAUAAUGAGAUCAAACAUGGCACGGAAUGUCAUACCAAAGGAGGAAGUACAGUCAAGUGAAAGAGCCACACUAACGGACGACUUUCCAAAGCAACAUCAAUGUCCGAUUUGUGGAAAACAAUUCAAUAGGAAGGGUAAUCUCAACGCGCACGUCAAAUUUCAUGAAGGCAAACGGCCAUUCAGGUGUGAUAUCUGUGGGAAAAGUUUUACUUUGAAAAGUGCCCUAAAGAGACAUAUGACCAUUCACACAGGGAACAAACCGUUCACGUGUGAUAUAUGUGGCAAAGGAUUUCAUGAGAGUCUAGCGUUGAAGUUCCACAACAAUAUUCACACCGGUGAGCGGCCGUUUAAAUGCAAUGUUUGCGAAAAAGAUUUUCACGCUCAACCGAAUCUCGUUCAGCACAUGCAGCUUCACGCAACCGUGCGUUCUUACAAAUGUACAGUAUGUGAAAAAAUAUUUGCUACCAGGAAUGCACUAAAUAUGCACAUGGCUACUAAUCACCCGGAUAAUUUUAAGUAUAGGUGUGAAGUGUGUGGAAAAGGAUUUCACAACAAUGAAAGAUUGCAGUACCACCUCAAUAUGCAUACCGGUGAGCGAUUGUACAGAUGCACUGAAUGCGGAAAAGAGUUUUACUCCAAACCGAGUCUUAAACACCAUAUGUACAUUCAUACAGGCGAACGUCCGUACAAAUGCACUGUAUGUGGGAAAAGUUACACCUCUAACGGUCCACUCAUCACACACAUGGCUGCCCACACUGGUGAUUAUAAGCAUUCGUGUGAUGUGUGCGGCAAAGGAUUCGUUUACAAAACACUAUUGCAAGACCACAAAAACAUUCAUACAGGAGAGCGGCCGUAUCGAUGCAGUAUAUGUGGAAAAGACUUUGCCGAUAAACGUGUUCUAACUCAACACGUAUCGCUUCACACGAACACUCGCCAUAUGUGUGAGGUGUGUGGCAAAGAAUACCGAACGAAAUUUAACUUGAAAUUGCACAAACGCCUUCACACAACAGAGCAAGUAACAAAUUCAAGUACAACAAAAAACGCAUCAACGCAACUCGAUGACGGCGAGAAAGCAAACGUCACAUUCGAUUUACAGCAAAUACCGAACAGUUCCGGUAGCCACAAUGAAGUUAAUCGAAGUGAAAUGAAAUCCGACCAAGUACGCGAUGUCAUGCCAAAGAAGGAGGAACCGUCAACUAGCGUUGUGGCAUCUCGCAGUCCAAAUAACGAUGAACUAAAGUGUCAGAUUUGUGAUAAAUACUUCUAUAACAAGGAUUCUCUUCAUAAUCACGUUUUGCUUCAUGAAAACAAACGACCAUUUAGUUGUGAUAUUUGCCGAAAAAGUUAUUGUUCUAAGAAAAAUUUAGCCAGGCAUAUGAUCAUCCAUACCACGACCAACGUUAAACCGUUCACGUGUGACGUAUGUGGGAAAGGGUUUCGGGACAAACAAGUGUUGAAAUUUCACAGCAACAUUCAUACCGGUGAACGGCCGUACAAAUGCACUGUAUGCGAAAAAGAUUUUCACUCUCGAACGAUUCUAAUCCAACACAUGCACCUUCAUGAAGGCAGGUACAAGUGCACGGAAUGUGGCAAAACUUUUACCUGCAACGCUCAAUUAAACCUACACGAACCUUCGCACACCGGGUCUUAUAAGUAUAACUGUGAUGUAUGCGGUAAAGGAUUCCAGCUUCGAUCGCUUUUGAAAGACCACAAAAACAUACAUACAGGCGAGCGACCCUAUAAAUGCAGUGUAUGCGGUAAAAAUUUCGCCACUAAAUGUGCACAUAUUUGCUUACAAGAACAGUCGGCAUAAGUGCAAAAACUAUUUAGCAAACGUUACUGUAAAAUGUAUUACUCUAUCUCUUACACAAUAAAAUGAUAAAUUUUCCUAUUCAGUUUGCUUCCA